AUGUCCAGAACGUUAAAAGUCGGCGUCAUCGGUCCCAAAGGCCAGGCGGGAAGCUGUGUGGUCGAUGAGCUCUUGGCGCGAGGCCACUCUGUCGUCGGCAUCUCGCGAAGUCCUCCCGAGCAAUGGUCCAGCUCCGAUAAGGGCACUUGGUCGCAAGUGUCUGUGGAUAUCCACAAAGAGCAUACGAAACUGGUUGAAACAUUCUCGUCUGGUUUCGACGCUAUUGUCUCUUGCUACGGACCAAGUCUUAAGGUCAUAUCGAACGUGUACUCGGAGGCCGUCGAGGGACACGGGAGGAUCAAGACGGCUUUGUUGGCUUCGACACACGAUGGCCCGUUCAUCAUCGUUGGUGGCGCGGGGUCGAUUCACGUAUCUAAUCGUCUCCAACUUACCGACCAGGAGGGGUUUGCGUUUAGUUGGUGGUGGAAUUGGCCCGAUGAGCAUCUCGACUACAUGACGGCGCGCGGGCUGGAUCACGGAAGCCGGUUCAUCAGCUUGGUGGCCACGCUUGUGAAAUGGAGCAGGUCUCAUAUUCAACGGCCGAGAUUCUAUUCUUGGAUUCUAAGCCCCUUCGUCUAUUGGGCGCGGGCUUGGGUGAGGGGCGCUUUGACGAACAAGCACACCCUGGGGUUAAUCACCGGCAGCCGGAUCGCUUUUACUAUGUGGAAUGGUGUCCAGGAGAAGUCAUGGUCUUUCUUGUCGCCGCCCGGUCUGUUGCGUGACAAAGGAGUGCGGACGGGAGAGUACAAGGUGUAUGUGGACAGUCCCGAGGAUCCUGCGGUUGAGGCAGCAAACGGCGGUAUCUACAACGAGGACAUGGCCGUUGCCAUCGUCGAUGAGGUUGAGAACAACAAACUGGCAUAUAAGCACUGGAGUUGCACCGGUCCCAUCGGACUGGGCAAGUGGUAG